AGCUGAGCUGCGCCAUGGCGGGCAGCGCCGCCGCCCCGCCGGGCCCCGGGCCCCCCGCCGCCGCCGCCGGGGCCGGGCUGAUGGAGAGCGACGAGUACGAGAGCCUGCCCAGCGGCGUCGCGCUCGGCACGCACAUGGUGGCCGGGGCCGUGGCGGGGAUCAUGGAGCACACCGUCAUGUACCCCGUGGACUCGGUCAAGACGCGGAUGCAGAGCCUGCAGCCGGACCCCGGCGCGCAGUACAGGAGCGUGUACGAGGCUCUCAAGAAGAUGGUGCUGACCGAGGGCUUCUGGAGGCCUUUACGUGGGAUUAACGUCACCAUGCUGGGGGCUGGCCCUGCCCACGCCUUGUACUUCGCCUGCUACGAGAAAAUGAAAAAGUCUCUCAGUGAUAUUUUCCAGCCAGGAGGAAACAGCCACUUGGCCAAUGGCAUCGCUGGGAGCGUGGCCACGCUGCUCCACGACGCCGUGAUGAAUCCUGCUGAAGGCCAUCCACUUCAUCACCUACGAGCUCAUGCAGGAGCACCUGAACCCCCACCACCACUACAACCCCCAGUCGCACAUCGUGGCCGGCGCCGUGGCCGGAGCCGUGGCCGCCGCCGCCACCACGCCCCUGGACGUGUGCAAGACGCUGCUCAACACGCAGGAGAACACGGCCCUGAGCUCCCUCAAGAUCAGGGGGCACCUGUCGGGCAUGGCCAACGCCUUCAGCACCGUUUACCAGCUGGGAGGGGUUCCCGGCUUCUUCAAAGGCGUCCAGGCUCGCGUCAUUUACCAGAUGCCCUCCACGGCCAUCGCCUGGUCCGUGUACGAGUUCUUCAAGUACUUCCUCACCAAGCACGCGCUGGAGAAAAAGCCAUCCUCGUGAAAAAGGAGUGGGGGUCUCCCUGGGCCUCCUCCCAGCCAGCCCAGCUGGAAUUCUGGUGGAUUCACAUCUCCACGUCUCCCUGCCUGCGAUUCCCCGUGGUGCUCGGUCACCGAGUGUCCCCAGGGGUUCUGGGGAUUCCUGGUCACCGAGUGUCCCCAGGGAUUCUGGGGGUUCCCUGUCACUGAGUGUCCCCAGGGAUUCUGGGGGUUCCUGGUCACUGAGUGGCCCCAGGGAUUCCUGGUCACUGAGUGUCCCCAGGGGUUCUGGGGAUUCCUGGUCACCGAGUGUCCUCAGGGAUUCCCUGUCACUGAGUGUCCUCAGGGAUUCCUGGUCACCGAGUGUCCCCAGGGAUUCUGGGGGUUCCCUGUCACUGAGUGUCCUCAGGGAUUCCUGGUCACUGAGUGUCCUCAGGGAUUCCUGGUCACGGAGUGGCCCCAAGGAUUCCCAUGGUGCUCCCCAGGGAUUCCUGGUCACUGGGUGUCCCUGUCACUGAGUGUCCCCAGGGGUUCUGGGGAUUCCCUGUCACUGAGUGUCCCUAGGGAUUCCUGGUCACUGAGUGUCCCCAGGAAUUCUGGGGAUUCCCUGUCACUGAGUGUCACCAGGGAUUCCUGGUCACUGAGUGUGCCCAGGAAUUCUGGGGAUUCCCUGUCACUGAGUGUCACCAGGGAUUCCUGGUCACUGAGUGUCCCCAGGAAUUCUGGGGAUUCCCUGUCACUGAGUGUCACCAGGGAUUCCUGGUCACUGAGUGUGCCCAGGAAUUCUGGGGAUUCCCUGUCACUGAGUGUCACCAGGGAUUCCUGGUCACUGAGUGUCCCCAGGAAUUCUGGGGAUUCCCUGUCACUGAGUGUCACCAGGGAUUCCUGGUCACUGAGUGUGCCCAGGAAUUCUGGGGAUUCCCUGUCACUGAGUGUCCCCAGGAAUUCCCUGUCACUGGGUGUCCCCGGGGAUUCCCAGUCACUCAGUGUCCCCAGGGAUUCCUGGUCACUCAGUGUCCCCAGGGAUUCCCAGUCACUGAGUGCCCCUUUCCCUUCCUUAAACAACAACAAAAAGAGAGUUUAUACAGACUUUGAUAUUAAUAUAUAUCUAUUUAAUAACUUUA